AUGGGAGUAAAAGAUACAGUCCAAAAAACAGAUAAAAGCUGGGAAAUGAAUGGAAAGGGAGUAUGGGACCAGAAGAAACGACAGACAGCAAAAGAACAACAUCCAAUGCAAGCAGAGUCCAUACAGAACAGACAAACAAAACCUGGCGAGUGCAGAGAUCUCAGGAUUGUUGUAGUGGGGAAAACUGGAGCUGGAAAGAAGGCAACAGGAAACACUAUAAUGGGACAAAAAGUGUUUAUAUUAUCUCCUAACUCUGUGACUAGGAAAUGCCGACACCAUCAGCAGAAGGUGAAAGGUCGAAACAUCUUAGUGAUCGACACUCCAGGACUGUUUGAUACGUCAGUCUGUGAAGAACAACUGAAAAAAGAGAUUGAGAAGUGUGUGGAGAUGUCUGCUCCUGGUCCUCAUGCAUUUUUGCUGGUCAUCAGACUGGACGUGAGAUUCACAGAUGAAGAGAAAAACACAGUGAAAUGGAUUCAGAAGAACUUUGGAGAAGAUGCUGCAUGUUACACUAUCAUCCUGUUCACUAGAGGAGAUCAGUUAAUAACAUCCAUAGAGGAGUUUCUGACCGAAAACAAGCAGAUUAGAGAAUUAGUUAUAGAGUGUAAAGGCAGGUAUCAUGUUUUUAAUAACACAGAUGAAAAAAAUCAAUCACAGGUCACUGAACUGCUGAAGAAGAUAGACAGAAUGGUGAUGGAGAACGGAGGAGAGCAUUACACAAAUAAGAUGUACGAGGAAGCACAAAAAGUUGAGGAAGAAGAGAAGUGGAGGAGAGAGAAAGAGGAGACAUGGGGAAAAGAAAAAAGAUAAGGCAGGAGGAAAGGAGGCAGCUGAUGAACAAGGCUAAAAAUGUGGCCUUAGUGGGAGCAGGUGCAGGAGCAGCAGUUGCUGGAGGUGCAGUACUGGUUGCUGCUGCUAGAGGAGUAGCAUUAUCUGCAGCUGUAAUGGUAGGAGCAAAAGCUGCUCUAACUGCAGCACUGAGCUCUGUUCAUAGCAAAGAAACACUAUUUGAAGUGUUUAAGGCAGGGGGAGCAGCUGCUCUAGAAGCAACACUUGUAUCUGCUACUGGCAGUCUGCCACUAUCUAAAGAUAUAAUGACGAGAGUAGCAGCUGCUCUAGAUGCAGCAGUGACCACUGCUAGUGAGGCAGAGACACUACGGGAGGCUUUAAUGACAGGAGUAGCAGCUGCUCUAGAUGCAGCACUGAAUGCACCUCCUGCAGAAGAAGUCAGUGCUGCAUCUACUUAAUCAUAUUUGAAUUAUUGCUAAUGCUAUGCUCUCUAGAUUUCAUAUCAUUAACAAUAAUUCAAACAUGAUGAUUAGACAAAAUAUAAAUAAAAUAAAUUUAGCAAAAAAAGAAAUGUCCUUUUUCAGGAUACUGUAUUUUAUAAAUAAUUUAGUAAAAUCCAAAUAAACUCUAAAGAUCUUUAUUACAAAAGGUUUAAACAAUAUUUUUCAUGCUUGUUCAAUGAACCAUAAACAAUUUUUUUUGCACAUGCACCUGUGGAACCGUCCUUAAGACACUUAUGGUUUACAGGUGGGAGAAUAUUAAUGUCACAGUUCUAAUAACCUAGGACAUUAAAGAGGCCUUUCUACUGACUCUGACCACUUCUGCAGUGCCUGCUGCAGCAGGUGAUCAGGAACCCUGGGCAUCUUUCUUCUGCUGUUUUUCAGAGUAAUAAACUGCAAUGUCCAUAAUGUAAGAUGCCUGAGACAGAAGGACAGCUGCCUUGUCUUUGUAUUGCCAGACCAUAUGUGACCACUGCCAUCAUCUCUCAGGACCUGAAGUGGGACAAUCACGUAGACCCCAUUGCUAAAACAGCCUAGCAGAGGUUGUUUUUCCAUCGCCAACUGAGGAAAUUCAACCUGCCACAGGAGCUGCUGAAACAGUUCUACUCUGCUAUCAUUGAGUCUGUCCUGUGUACAUCCAUAUCUGUCUGGUUUGGUUCAGCUCCCAAAUCAGACAUCAAAAGAUUACAACGGACAGUCAGGACUGCUGAGAUGAUUGUUGGUGCCCCCCUGCCCAACCUCAAAGAUCUUUACAUCUCCAGAGUGAGGAAAAGGGCUAAGAAAAUCACUUUGGACCCCUCACACCCAGCCCACUCUCUCUUCAAACAGCUACAGAGCACCGACCACCAGAACAGCCAGGCACAAUUAAAGGGAUACUCCACCCCAAAAUGAAAAUUUUGUCACUAAUCACUUACCCCCAUGUCGUUCCAAACCCCUAAAAGCUUCAUUUGUCCUCGGAACACAAUUUAAGAUAUUUUGGAUGAAGGAAACCUGGAGGCUUGUGACUGUCCCAUUGACUGCCAAGUAAAUUACACUGUCAAGGCACAGAAAAGUAUAAAAAGCAUUGUCAAAAUAGUCCAUCUGCCAUCAGUGGUUCAAUCUGAAUUUUAUGAAGCGACGAGAAUACUUUUUGUACGCAAAGAAAAUAAA